CCAAGUCUUGAGAACUUCAUUGUAGUUUGAGUAACUCUUGCUGGAAAAUGAAGAUCGCAAUUUGCACAGCUUUGAUCAUUGGAUUCGCUGCUUUUGCUUCGGCAAAACCCAGAAUUGUGGGCGGAGAAGAAGCAAUUCCUCACGAGUUUCCAUACAUGAUAUCCUUGCAACAGAACGGCAGACACUUCUGCGGCGGAAGCAUUCUCAGCGAAGAAUGGGUUUUAACUGCUGCUCACUGUUUGGUGAAUUUCAACGAGGACACAGAGAUUGUCGCCGGCGCGCACAGUCUCAGUCAGCCUGACGAAUUCGAGCAGAGAAGGAAGCAUUCAAGGACGAUCGCGCAUGAGGAUUACUUGGGCGGCGUUAAUCCUCAUGACAUUGCGCUGAUCAAGAUUUCGGAGCCCUUUGAGUUCAACCAGCAAGUGUCAAGCCUCAAUCUGACCCUGGUCGAGCCUCACUAUCCCACUGGCCAGGCCACGUUCUGCGGCUGGGGAUCAGUGGCCAAGAGCAUGAACUACAACUUCCCCGACAAACUCAUGAAGGCCAAUCUGACGAUCAUGGAGUCCGGGAAGUGCUUCACGCGCUAUCCGGAGCGGCCGAUUCACGAGAGCAACAUCUGCGCUGGGGAAGAAGAUGGCUCCAGGGCGAUCUGCAGCGGAGAUUCUGGUGGUCCUCUUGUGCAGAAGAACGCCGAUGGGGAAAUUGUGCUGUACGGAGUCGCGAGCUGGACUUUUCUGCCGUGCGGAACGGCGGGAAAAACCGGCGUUUUCGUCAACGUAACGCACUUCUUGCAGUGGAUUUUCCAAGGGAUGAGAAGUCAAUAAAACAUUUCAUUAAGAGACUGAUUGUGAA